ACCUGUUUGAAAUUCUUAUAGCAUUCGCAGUUCUUUAAACAAUGAAUACGUUUACAAUAACUCACAACAAACAAAUGGCUUAUCUAACUAAUGUAUUGAUUUGUGACAAUUUCGUCAGAUGCAUUGUAAAUAUCUGUACAUACUAUCUAAACAGGCACACUCACAGACAUACACACGUACAUACACUUCUGAACUCCGUCUCAAAGGAGGAACUAUAAUCAACAAUAAGAUUCAAUUCCCUUUUUAAUAGAUGGGAAUAACAAAAAUGAGAGUCCUGAGAAGAACUGGCAAUGUAGGCUCUUUGAAUCGCACAAUACAUCUCCGUACAACAGACCAAUAAGACAGCAUGAUCUGAUUUGGCAUAGGAUAGUUUGAGAGAAGUCGAUGGUUUAGAUGGCAGUCAGGUAUUUUUAAAUGUACUGUCAGUGAUUACAAUUAUUGUGACAAAUCUGUUGAAAUACUCAGAUCUCAGUUGCUAUUUACAGCAUCGGUACAGAGGGCAGUCAGACUGGAUCAAAUAGAAAUGUAUAGCUAUUCACCAUAGAAGGUAAAAUCAUAUAAUAGAACAUUUUGUAUUAUCAUACCAACCUACUUGUACCUUUUUAUGUCCUUUGGUUGUUGCUGAGACCACAUUUCUUGGCCCAUAGUUUAGAUCGAAUACAAUAUUGAAUAUACUGUAAGUAAACAUUAGCAGGUUUUCCUAACGUGUUGGAGUUUAUUUCCUGUCCACAGGAAGUCUGUUACAUCUGCAGAGACCAUCUUUUGCACAACUGCUAAAAGAAUGUCAUCACUUCAACUGUUUCAGCUAAAUUAAGUUUAGUGAAUAUAACAGGAAGAUGACAUAAUCAGUUUGACUUGAGAUUUGAAUGGAUUUGAACUCAGUGUCUUGAAAAACAAUAUCUAUUUGUACGUAGUGGCCAUCAAAGGCAUAGUUAUCUCUGAAAAAUGUAACUAGCAUGUGACUCAAGCUAUGAUUAUUAUCCGAUAUGAUUUACUUUGAACCUUUACUUCAUAAACUGAGACACAUAUUACCUUACAAAAAAACUAAAACACACUCACAUAUGUUGACUAAGGAGCACUACUGACCACAUGUAAAUGGUAGGCUAUGUGGUCUAUCAGUUAAGCUUGUAGGCCACAGUAGGCUGGCCUAAUGUGAGCCUUUAUCUCUCAGGGCACAUUUCCUGUACAGAGUAGUCAUCCCUGCCACACUAACCAACAACACAGCCUACAGCACGAGCUGUCUAACCACCUUUUUACUCCCGAUUGUUCAGUGCUCAUUAUAUGUAAAAAGGUAAUGCAGAGGUUUAAAAUAACCUAUUGAAGAUAGAGGAAGUAGGUUACAUAUGCAUGAUUUGGGAUUGUUAUAUAGAGAAAUUAAGUUAUUAGUUUGUGUGAUGAAUUACUUAUUAAGAUAUUUAUUAGGAAGACAAAUUUAAUUGCAAUCGGUUUAGUAGGAUUUAGAUUUCGUUUAGGCCUGUAUUUACAGACAUGUUAUACUGACAAAGAACAAUAUUGUUGGUUUGUUUUUACAAAUGUUUGCUCUGUCUCCAUCUGCUGGCAUUAGUUAUUCGACCUGACAAUAUGUCCCAGAUGGAAUGUUACAGUGUUAGGUUCGUUGCCAGAUGACCUAAACAUUGGCCUGUAGCUGUGAUACAUCCACCGAAUUAUGCGUAUUUUACGACAGUAACAUGAAAGUGAGGGUGGUCCUUUUUACAUAAUAUCAAAGAAACAAAAUAGCAUUUUUAAGACAAUUACGCAAUUUCUACUACAGCAACGAGAGACUAUAACAAGAUAGUGAUUGCUGUCCCAGGGAAUCACAGCACCGGUUGGAGAGCUGUACCUCGCGCUAAAACAGCUCCUUUAGCGUGCGCGAAACAUGGCUGCUAUGAGGACAUUAACGGUCGCAGGUCUCUUUUUGGCUUUUUGUGCCUUAGGAUUGAUCGCAGUGGCUAUUAGUACCGACAAUUGGUAUGAAACCGAUGCGAGGAGGCACCGGGAACGUUGCAAGAAUUAUUCAAACAAAAGAAAUGACCCUGGAUAUAUUUACAUUUCAAAUCACAACCUCCCUCUGCGCAUGUUACCGAAAGAAAAUAAUGUAGAGAGAAAGGGAUCUAGUGGUGGAAUCCUCCUGCGUGCUAAACGGCACUUCUUGCCUCCUGCCCCGGCCAUGGAGUCCCUCUGCAGUCGGCAAUUCAACUCAACCAUUACCGGGCUGUGGAGAAAGUGUCACCGGGAAGGGUUCGACCUGGAAACAGAGGACCUAAUCUUUAAAGGGUUGAUUCAACGCUGCACACAAAUUAAAUACUACUACUCCUCCUCAACCCUUCCCCGAAAUCUGCCAAUAAAUCUCACCAAGACAAUUAAACAGGAUGAGUGGCACGCACUCCACCUCCAAAGAAUGACUGCUAGCUUCAUAGGAAUGGCAAUCUCCAUCAUUCUUUUUGGCUGGAUCAUUGGAGUACUGGGCUGUUGUCAGCAGCAUGAUCUGAUGCAGUAUGUAGCUGGACUUCUUUUCCUCAUGGGAGGAACAUGCUGUAUCAUUUCCUUGUGCACCUGUGUAGCUGGGAUCAAUUUUGAACUUUCCCGUUAUCCCCGCCACAUGUAUGGAAUACCAGAGGACAUUAGUCAUGGGUAUGGUUGGUCCAUGUUUUGUGCCUGGGGGGGGCUAGGACUUACCUUGCUGGCUGGGUUCCUGUGCACGCUGGCCCCGUCUCUCUACCCCCCCCACACGGUGGCCCAGAAGCCCAGACAGGAGAAUGGCUGUGUGUGACAAGCUGCCAAACUUCCUAGUGACACGUUCCCCACCCCCUUCUGAAACAGCAGAGCCGAGCUGUUUUUCCAAAGACAUCAUCAAGGGGGAUUUAAAACUGAGAGAGCUUGCACCACUCUGGCCGCACAAUGAACAAGGAAAUUGUUUCUCUUUGCAGAGGAUGUUACUGAAGAGGAAGAUUUUUAUGUAGAUUGCUUCAGUAUUUCUGGGGCUUUCUCUGUCCCUCUUAAUCAGAUGGAGUCAGAUGGCUGAGCGGUUAGGGAAUCAGGCUAUUAAUCAGCAG